GAGAAGAGCGAAAGACUUAUAAUGGCGAUGGAAGUAGCAACUCCGGUUCAUGCACCGGCGCCAUCUCCGGCGACCAACCUCAUUGUCUCAGCAACAACAACCGCCGUGGAAACUCAUAAGAAGAACAGGAUUCAAGUUUCUAACACUAAGAAACCAUUGUUCUUCUACGUUAAUCUCGCCAAGAGGUACAUUCAACAGCACAACGAGGUCGAGCUUUCUGCACUUGGAAUGGCGAUCACAACAGUGGUAACUAUCUCAGAAAUUUUGAAGAACAAUGGACUUGCAACAGAGAAGAAAGUUCUGACAUCAACAGUGGGAAUGAAGGACGAGAACAAAGGGAGAGUAGUUCAGAAGGCCAAGAUUGAGAUUGUAUUGGGGAAAUCAGAUAAAUUCGAUUCUCUAAUGACUCCGGUGACCAAAGAUACGGUGAAGGAGGAGAAGGCGGUGAACACGGAGGAGAAACCAAUAGAAGCUGAAGCUAAACCUGAAGGCAAGGAGUGACCAUGUAAACAAAUUUCUACAGGUUUCGAGGAUUAAUAUAAGUUUCUCUGCAUAAUGAGCAAACUCUUUUUGCUUCAUUACUAACUCAAAAAACAUAUCAAAAAAGUUUUGUGGUCUUAUAGAAAGACAAUCAAAUGUUGUGUCGAUGAUUAUUUUACUCUUCCUCCUUGUUGAACAAUAUAA